AUGCACACUGUUGCUGCGCGGGCUGUUGCCGCCACGCCAUCAACCUGUGGCCUUCCCAGGAUAGCUGUAUGCAUCACAGCGAGAAGUAGUUUCAUUCACUCUCUCACACACGCGCCCCUCUCACGCGCACACCCGAGACAGCGGCGGCAGGUGCGAGUUUGCUCGAGAUCGUACGCUUCCGCCUCUUCAGCAUCACCAUCAUCACCUGCAGUCUCUCUUUCCUCGUCCGCCCUCGGCUGGCUUCGCCGGCUCAUCUCAAAUUGGAACUUGACAACACUUGCCACCUGCACUCGCACAUCCUCUUCUGAUCCCACAACAAACAUUGCUAAAUUGAGCAGCCCAAUAACCACCACCAAGAUGGACGUCGACAAGGUCAGCUUCUAUCCACUACUGCUGGACAUCAUCACCGACAUCUCCGAAGCGCACUUUGUCGCCAUUGACCUUGAGCUCUCCGGCGUGCCUUCCAAGGGCUCAUGGGGCAAAGACUCCGGCAAGCCGACCAUUCAGCAGCGCUAUCUUGAGAUCAAGGAAGCAGCAGAGCGCUAUCAGAUAUUGCAAAUUGGCAUCACCUGCGUGGACCAGAAUGUGCACGAUGGCAAAUACACCCUCAAACCAUACAACUUCGACCUCUCACCUGUCAUCAGCGAGCGCGGCCUUGAUGUCGAACGCAUCUUCUCCUUCCAGUCCGGAGCCGCCGAGUUCUUGCUUGGCGUGAACUUCGACAUCGGACGACCCUUCACAAUGGGUGUUCCAUACCUCUCACGUGCAGAGGCGAAGGUGGCCCGUGAGAAAUUCGCAAUGCGUCAAGACAAGACCAGUAUGGCCGACAUCCAUAUCAAGCCAACCGAGACCGAGUCACUGGCCUUUCUCGAGAGGGUCAGAGGCGAGAUCAAUGCUUGGGUCAAAUCACGCAACAUGGAUACGCCUGCUUACCUCAACAUCGCUCCUGUCGGCUACGACACCGUUAAGGAUGGACAACGUCAAGCCGAAGAGCUGUCACGCUUCGAGAAGCGCCUAGUCCACCAGCUCGUCCGCGCAGAGUUCCCGGAGCUUGUCACCGUCAGCAAGAAAGGCUUCAUCCAGAUCGUGCGCUUUAACAAAGAACGCGAGGACAGGAUCGCUGCCGAUCGCCGACGCGAGCUCGAAGAACGCAUUGGUCGGCAGAAAGGAUUCAGGUGGAUCAUUGAGGCUCUACAUGGUAGCAAUAUCAGCAAUCUUGAUCUGCGCGAAUGCGCUAAAGACAGCGUCACCGGAGAGCCUAUCUUUGCGGAUAUGGACGACUACAAAGCGCAGUUCAAUCGAGCACAGGGAAUCUUGCGUGGCAACCCGAAAGUGAUCGUUGGUCACAACUGCUUCCUGGAUAUGGUCUACAUCUACCGCACUUUCAUCGGUGAACUGCCGGACACAGUGGAGGAGUUCCAGCGAGCACUUCACAAGCUCUGGCCCGUGGUCGUUGAUACGAAAUACAUGACCACUCACAACUGCGGUGAUAUCAGCCCGAUCAGCUCUUUGGAACAGAUCGCCGAACAGCUCAGCGCCCAGACCACUCCAAUUCUCGAUACCGACAAGCAACACACCAAGUACAACACCAUGGAUGCAUUUCACGAAGCUGGCUUUGACAGCUUUCUGACUGCUCAGGUAGCUGUCAGAUUGUCUGCCAAGCUGGAACGUGAAGGCACAUACAUCGACGUUGAGGACAGGCGCAAUUCGGCAGCGCCCACAGAUAUCACCAACGGCGUGGCAAACAUGAAGCUUACCGGCAAUGCGCUGUUUGAGCUUCAAAAGGAGCAGAAGGCAAACGGAAACGUCGACGCUUCAGAGGCCGGUGGCUUCACGCCAUCUGUCCCUGGCGCACAAUGGAAGCGAGUCGGAGACCCCACCCUGGAACCGACCUCCAAGGACGAUCUGUUCGAGUAUGACCCAACCGACCUCAAGCAUCGCUUCACCAAACAGGACUUGACCAUACCAGGCGGUAUGCCACGCUUCGGCAGUGACUUCUGGCGUGUCUACGGCAACAAGUUCCGCGUCUUCGGCACCCAGGAAGGUGUCUGCGCGCUCGACGACUCCAUCGAAUCACCAAUUGCCUCGGACGAGGAUGGAGGUGUAGAGGUCUAG